GCAAGCUGAAUGACAGCAAUGGCUCAUCUGAAGUUCCUCCUUCUCCUUUUGUGGGUUGGUGUCACAGUAAGCACCGUGGUGGAUUUGCGCAAGAGAAUCUAUGGUGGUCACGACUGUCAAAAUGAGCGUCACUAUCACGUGAAAGUUAUUUCACAAAAGGGACAAAAACAGAGCUACUGUGGCGGCUCACUGAUCCAUCCACGGACUCUGAGUGAGAUUGUUGGAGUUCAUCCAGGUCCAGGACAGGACCAGGAAGUGGCAAAGAAAAAGCCCUAUAAACAAGGCUUCUUUCACACACUGAAGACAGCUGUCUUCAGUUUCUUUGAGAAAAACAUAUGGAAGACAAAUAUCUUUAAUAGAAAGCAUGACAUCAUGCUACUGGAACUUUCUGAGCCACUGACUGGGAUUCAGCCUGUAGCCUUACCUGACUGUAACAAACCGCCUAAAAUAGGAGACGUCGUUCAGGUUGCAGGACUUGGUGGGUAUAGGGUAAAUGCGACAGGCCACACACUUCCUGGCCAACCACCUCAUCUCCAGUGUGCAGACAUGCAUGUUGUUGACUGUGAGCCUACCAGAAACUCUCCAUGUUAUUCAGAUGUGCCGUAUGACAACAGGCUGUGUCUGGAAGAACCUAAUGUAGAUAUACGUGGGGGUGAUUCUGGUGGUGGAGUGAUUUACAACAACGUGAUUUAUGGUGUAUUCAGUGGCAGUGGUGUACGUGCCUGUACUGUACCAGCUGUUACUGUGAAUGUCUGUUCUUACAUGAAAUGGAUAAACCAGACAAUUUAUCCAUAAAGUAAUGGAAAAUAACUGAAUGAAAAUAACAUCCAGAAUAAACAA